AACCCACCCCAACAUUUUUCCACCACAAUCUUCUUUUUUGCUAUCCAUAUUAUUGUUGUUUGCAAAAUUUGCAAGGUUCCCAUAUCUUUCCAAACUCAAGAGUCUCUCUCAAACAAAUCAAAUCUCAAUUUAUGUUUCCACAAUUCUGAUUGAUAUUAGGGUUUUUUCUACAUCCACAAAUGGUAACAUCAAAGCACAGCCACCGAUUUUUCAAGUUCAGGAUUAAUAUUCCAGUCCCAUGCUAAAGUCCAACAUAUGAUCAUUUGAUAUUUUAAAUUUUUAGAAAUUAUUGGGAAAAUAGUCCUCCUCCACAAGCUAGGUUCAAUCAAUUUCCAGUCCCAUUAGUUGACAAAUAUUAUUCUCUCUUCCCUACCAAACCCUACAGGCUACAGCUCAACAGUUUGCUCCAGUUCGUCUGUCUCUUCUGAAAAAAAAAAAAUCUUUGAUUAGAAUCGGAUAUAACUCUCUACUCUUCCUCCAUAUUUAAAUUCCUUGGCACACCUCCAUCUUCUACACAAAUGGUUACUAAAAACUACCAACGUCCGCUUGGUGUUGUGGAAAUGGCUUGGAUCAUGCUCAGCGUUGAUUACUCGAGGCUUUUCUGGUUGCUGUUUAGAGUCUUCUCCUAUGAAAAUCAUGAGGGAAAGCCUCGGAUUUCGUAGCAAGUAACGAAAAGUCUUCCACAAGCCUUAUAGUUUGUUAGAGUUGAAUUAUAUGUUUAUAAUUACUAGGUAUAUACGUUGUACUCGUAGUAUAUAAUAAAGUGAAAAGCUGCUGGGACUUGUUUGUGGUCGGAGAGUUUUUGAGGUUUGCUUGAUUAGUUCUUAACCAUGAACAAAAACAACAGCCGGAUCGGAAGCAGGUCUGCCAUGGGAGGCAGGCCACAGUCACCUGCAUACGUUGAAACAGAUCCAUCAGGUCGAUAUGGACGUCCUGAUGGAUUUUUAUAUUCGACCCUAAAUUUGUCCUGCAUGCCUAUUUGAUGGAUGCAAUAUAUUGGAGCCGAUCGAGCUACCGAGCUCCCGGACUUUUUCUUCUGAAACAGUCUUCCAUCAUGCAUGCAUACAAAGCUUAAUGUUCAGGGAAAUGCUUGGCAAAGGAGCCAUGAAGACAGUUUACAAGGCAUUUGAUGAGGUCCUCGGAAUGGAGGUGGCGUGGAAUCAAGUCAAGCUUAAUGAUGCCUUCAGUUCGCCGGACGAACUUCAGCGCCUAUACUCCGAGGUCCACCUCCUCAAGAACCUGCACCAUGACUCCAUCAUCCAAUACUACAAGUCGUGGAUCGAUGUUAAUCGUCGAACCUUCAACUUCAUCACCGAAAUGUUCACCUCCGGCACUCUCAGAGAGUACAGACAUAAGUACCAGCGAGUGAAUAUUGGUGCAGUGAAAAAUUGGUCCCGGCAGAUCUUACGUGGUCUGGCUUAUUUGCACAAACGUGAUCCGCCUGUGAUUCACAGAGACCUCAAGUGUGACAACAUCUUUGUUAAUGGCCAUCUAGGGCAAGUCAAGAUUGGUGAUUUGGGCUUGGCUGCUAUUCUUCGUGGUACACAACACGCCCACAGUGUCAUAGGUACACCAGAAUUUAUGGCGCCUGAAUUGUAUGAUGAGGAAUACAAUGAGCUAGUAGACAUAUAUGCCUUUGGCAUGUGUGUGUUGGAAAUGCUUACUUCAGAAUAUCCCUAUAGCGAGUGCUCAAAUCCUGCCCAAAUUUACAAGAAAGUUACUUCAGGGAAGCUACCAAACGCAUUCUACAAGAUCGAAGAUUUGGAGGCUCAACGAUUUGUCGGGAAGUGUCUGGAGAAUGUUUCAAAGAGGUUACCGGCACACGAGCUAUUGCUAGACCCUUUUCUAGCCUUUGAUGAUGGAGAGCUAGCGUCCCCUCCAAGAAUCUCAAUUCCCGAGUUAAUUCCUAAUAAUGAUCCAGUGGCGGAGGCGGGGGACGGGGAGGAUGAGCUACAUUUUUCCGCUGAGGUUGAUUUGGAAAGAAGCACAAACAUGAUCAUCACCGGAAAAAUGAAUCCAGAGGAUGAUACCAUUUCUCUCAAAGUUCGGAUUUCUGACCUGGACGCAGGGAAAAAUGCUAGGAACAUAUACUUUCCCUUUGACAUCAUGAACGACACUGCAAUUGAUGUAGCGACGGAGAUGGUGAAAGAAUUAGAAAUCAGUGAAUGGCAACCACCAGAGAUUGCAGGGAUGAUAGAAAAGGAGAUAUUUUCUUUGAUUCCGGGUCGCACGAAAUGGGGCUCACCCCAUGGUUAUCAUCCUCAUCAGCACAGCUUUAACUAUGAAGAAGAGGAUGACGAUGAUGGUGGUGUCAACCAUCAUCCUUUCUACUCAUUCUCUUUGUGCUCUUCGUCCCAAAAUUCUCUUCAUUCUUUCAGAUCUCACUGCAAGAAUCAUCAUUUGCUUCACGGUGAUUUGUUUAUGAAUGAUGAUGUAAGUUCUCAGAGUUCAUUCGACUCCUGCAACUACUCCAACAUAAAUUACUACUCAGGCAAUGAAGAUGAUCUCCAUGACGUGAGCUUCGGAAAGGCUACUCAUAAAUCUACUCGGUUUUGUCCUUCAGAAAGCAGGGGUGCAAAUUCUUACAAACAAUGCAAUUCACAACUAGAUAACCAGAGACCUCACAAAUUGAAUCAUCAUCAGGAAAGGAAAUUACCCAAGAUUCAAUCACUCAUCGACGUGCGCAGUCAAUUGUUGCACCGGUCACUGGUGGAGGAGGUAAACAAGAGGCGGUUGUUUAAGACUGUUGGGACAAUUGAGAACGUUGGUUUUCAAACACCAGGAAGCUAGCAGUUCUAGUUUCCUUGGGAGGCAAGUUACAAGGUUCUUUACACUUGCAAUGUAUUUUGAAGUGGACAAGCUCUUAAAGGUGGAGUUACGGGCUUUAAGCUGUGUAAUGGGGAGAUUAUUUACACAGAACGAGUUCAAAACGUUUGAUUUAAUAAAAGAAUGUCAUGUAAAUAGAGAGUUAUACAAUAACAUUAUAUUACCGAAACAUAACUUUAUAGCAAUAAUAAAUUUGUUUCACAUAA